CUCUCUCUCUCUCUCUCUCUCUAUUCUCUCCCUCUCUCUGCAACUCUCUUUGUCUUAAAGAAGACGAAACAUCUCCAACUUCCUCUCUCUCUAAAGUCCGCCAUGGGAGUUAGCUUAAAGCGUUGAAGCAAAUUAUUAGAGCUUAGAAAAAAGAGAAGGAGAAGCAAAAAACAAAUAAAGAAAUUCUCGAUGUUCUUCGCUUUUGCGUGUGGAACCAUAGUCGUCACUGACUCGUUCGGUUCACUCUAUGGCAUCGUCCUCCCGAGCGCGGAGUAGGUCGCCGUUUUCUCAUCGGAAAUCUGCUGCUUCUCCUUACUCUUCAACUCCAUCGCCUACUUCGAACGGGAGGAUGGUUCCUCGAUCCUGCUCGACUUCUGCGUCGUCGCAUUAUAGUAUGGGAGGUGGAUUCGGUUCUCGAUCUAUGACUCAUAGCCGGGGGGUUUCGGAUUCAGUGCAAUACGGAGCUGGAGGUUAUGGUGAUUGCUCGCCGGUUGGAUUCAUUUCUGAUGACCUGAUUGCUGAGCCUGUAGAUGAGAUGAGGAACGGGGAUAGCAUUUCGGUGACAAUUCGAUUUCGGCCGUUGAGCGAGAGGGAGUUUCUGAAAGGGGAUGAAAUUGCUUGGUAUGCGGACGGGGACAAGAUCGUGCGCAAUGAGUAUAAUCCAGCAACGGCCUACGGAUUUGAUAGGGUGUUCGGACCAGAUACGAUUUCACCGGAGGUGUAUGAAGUUGCGGCUAAACCUGUCGUCAAGGCUGCCAUGGAAGGUGUUAAUGGAACUGUCUUUGCUUAUGGUGUGACGAGCAGUGGGAAGACGCACACUAUGCAUGGAGAUCAAAAUUCUCCAGGUAUCAUACCAUUGGCUAUAAAAGAUGUUUUUAGCAUCAUUCAAGAUACUCCUGGAAGGGAAUUCUUGCUUCGUGUAUCUUACCUUGAAAUAUACAAUGAAGUGAUAAACGACUUGCUGGAUCCAACAGGUCAGAAUUUGCGUGUCAGGGAAGAUGCACAGGGCACUUAUGUUGAGGGUAUAAAGGAAGAAGUGGUUUUGUCUCCUGGACACGCUUUAUCAUUUAUAGCUGCUGGUGAAGAGCAUCGUCACGUUGGAUCAAAUAACUUCAAUCUUUUUAGUAGCCGGAGCCACACCAUCUUUACACUGAUGAUUGAAAGCAGUGCACACGGUGAUGAGUAUGAUGGCGUCAUCUUCUCUCAACUUAAUUUGAUUGAUUUAGCUGGGUCAGAGAGCUCGAAGACUGAAACUACUGGACUGAGGAGAAAGGAAGGAUCCUAUAUAAACAAAAGCCUUUUGACUCUCGGAACCGUUAUUGGGAAAUUAAGCGAGGGAAAGGCAUCCCAUGUUCCUUAUCGAGAUUCAAAGCUUACCCGUCUUCUACAAUCUUCACUCAGUGGGCAUGGGCACGUUUCACUUAUAUGCACAGUAACUCCUGCAUCCAGUAACAUGGAGGAAACUCACAAUACAUUGAAGUUUGCAAGCAGGGCCAAACGAGUUGAAAUCUAUGCAUCUCGCAAUAAGAUUAUCGAUGAAAAAUCUUUGAUAAAGAAGUAUCAGAGAGAAAUCUCAAACCUCAAGCAAGAGCUUGAUCAGUUGAAGAGGGGAAUGCUUGCUGGUGUUAAUCACGAGGAGAUAAUGAAUUUAAGGCAGCAGUUGGAAGCAGGUCAAGUGAAAAUGCAAUCGAGAUUGGAAGAGGAAGAAGAAGCUAAGGUUGCUCUCAUGAGUAGGAUUCAGAGGCUGACCAAACUCAUACUUGUCUCAUCUAAGAAUUCUAUUCCUGGAUGUUUGAGUGACAUUCCCAGUCAUCAGAGGAACCAAUCUUCUUUUGAUGAUAAGUUUGAGGUCUCCCAAGAGUUGCUUACUGAAAGUGAGAAUCAAAAUGAUCCAUCUUCUGCCUUAAUUGUUCACCCAGAUGUUUCUUUAAGCCAAUUGAACGGUGAACCCUUACCAGCUGGUUCUGCAAUCACCGGAUCAACUAACGGAGAGAUGACAAUGUCAGAUCAGAUGGAUCUGCUGGUUGAGCAAGUCAAAAUGCUUGCUGGAGAGAUUGCGUUUAAAACCAGCACACUGAAACGCUUGGUUGAGCAGUCUGUUGAUGAUCCUGACGGCUCUAAAGUUCAAAUCCAGGACUUGGAACAUGAAAUUCAAGAAAAGAGAAGGCAAAUGAGGGCUUUGGAGCAACGCAUUGUUGAAGGUGGAGAGGCUUCAAUUUCUAGUGCAUCAAUGGUUGAAAUGCAGCAGGCUGUUACAAGAUUAACGACACAAUGCAGCGAAAAGGAUUUUGAGCUAGAGAUCAAAACAGCAGAUAAUCGCGUCCUUCAAGAGCAAUUGCAGAAUAAGUGUGCAGAGAACAAAGAAUUACAGGAGAAAGUGGAACUCUUGGAGCAGCAGUUGGCUUCGGUUACUAGCAAUAAUUUGCCAACUUCAUCUGAACAUUCUCUACCAGAAAAAUAUAUUGAAGAGUUGAAAAAGAAAAUUCAAUCUCAGGAGAUUGAGAAUGAGACAUUGAAAUUGGAAUCAGUUCACUUUUCAGAAGAGAUCAGUGGGUUGCAUGUACAGAAUCAAAAAUUGGCAGAAGAAGCUUCAUAUGCGAAGGAGCUGGCCUCUGCUGCUGCCGUCGAGUUGAAAAAUUUAGCAGCUGAAGUCACCAAGCUCUCCUUACUGAAUGCAAAAUUAGAAAAGGAGUUAUUGGGUGCUCGAGAAUUGUCCCAUUGUAAAAAUACUCAGAAUAAUUACAGUGGAAAUCGCAAGUAUAAUGAUGCUUUGAGACCUGGAAGGAAGGGAAGGCUCUCUGGCCGGUCUAAUGAAGUUUCAGGAGCAACCAGUGAUGAUUUCGAGUCUUGGAAUCUCGACCCGGACGAUUUCAAAAUGGAACUUCAAGCAAGGAAACAAAGAGAGGAAGUCCUUGAGGCUGCUUUAGUUGAAAAGGAGCUUUUGGAAGAUGAAUACCGCAAGAAAAUGGAAGAGGCAAAGAAAAGGGAGGCAGCUCUUGAAAAUGAUUUAGCAAACAUGUGGGUACUGGUUGCUAAGUUGAAGAAAGAGGGUGGAGGUGGAGCAAUUUCAGAUGUUAAAACUGAUGCAAGGCAGAAUUCUGGAAUGGAAAAUAUUAUGGAUACAAAGACAAAUGAUGAUGAAACAGUAACCGUCUCUAAAGACACCGAUCCCGUCGAUGAUUCGGAAAAAACUGAGGAAACUCCUCAGGAAGAACCAUUGGUUGUUCGCCUAAAGGCACGAAUGCAAGAGAUGAAGGAAAAGGAUCUCAAGUGCCUAGGAAAUGUAGAUACAAAUUCCCAUAUGUGUAAAGUUUGUUUUGAAUUGCCAACUGCAGCAAUUCUCCUUCCAUGCCGGCAUUUUUGUUUGUGUAAAUCCUGUUCACUAGCCUGUUCCGAGUGCCCAAUCUGUCGUACAAAGAUUGUAGAUAGGCUCUUUGCAUUUACUUCUUGACAUGUUCCAUGUCCCUUCUCCACAAGGUAAUCCAUACUUUCCCGUCUCCUAUUUCAUCAAUCACACCACAACCGCAAUCUGCAUUGCCCGUCGUGAUCGAAACCUCGUCCAUCUCGCUCGUUACCGCUUUACUGUACUGUCAAAUGUGCAAAAACCUAGUUUACUUCCUUCAGUUUUAUCAUGUACUGGCAGGGACUUGAUAUUCAACUACUACCUGCAAUUUUCCAGCGUUGGAGGACGAGAUUCUUUUAUUAGUUUUGCAUGUAUGCAACAACUGUACAAAAAGGUACAUAAUUAUUUAUUGUGUUCAAAUCAAAUCUCUGAGAGCUGUAAAAUAAAUACUAGAAAAAGGAUAUGAUUGAAUUAGUUUAACAACUUCAUCUCACUACAACAUGGAAACUGAAAGCUUUUAAUUUUUA